AUGGAUACCUUAGUUUAUAGACUGGGACUAGGAUCCUGUCGCGGUUUCAUCGAUGACUUCUCUCCAUCAUCCGGCCAUAGCUCCAGACCUCAUUCCUACCGGCUAGUCUUUUUCCUAUUUCUUUUGCUCUUAACGACUGUAAAAGGAACUGCGGCUGGUAAAGACUCAGGCGGGGUCACGUUAGUCGCGGAUGACUUUUCGUUGCUUUUUCCAGGGAUGGCGAGGGGAGAUUUUAUAGCGGUUCCUGAGAGAGAUUCUAUAACCUUCGUCACUGUUUCCUCUAUUACGAUGCUGGUUAUCAUCGAAUGUACAGAAGGCGAAGUAAUUGUUUUCUGA